UCGUACGGAGCGUCAUCGCCCCAGAUUCCCCGCCGUUUCCUUCUUUAUUUUAGCUGGGCGAUUUCUUUCCUUUUAUUUUCUUGGCGCGGAUCCCAGAAUCGGGAAUUCGUCUUGCUUCUCGGCCUCUCUUCCAAGCUUUAAUAUGUGCGUGGUUCGCGAGAAUAGAGACGAUGGAUCGGUGCCGCUGGUUCUUGCUUUUUUUUCCCCCCUUCCCCGCCCUAGAUUUGGUUUGUGUGCAGCUUAUCCGUUCACGCGCAGAUUGGGCGCUCGCUUGUGGUUGCGAGGGCAGUUUCGUAGCAUGGAUUCGGACGAUUCAAGUGCCGGAUAGAGUGAUGUGAUGCGACCUAGGAACCGUUUUCAUAUCAUUUCCAUGUUCACUCUUUGAAUCAAAUGGAUUUGGGGGGUUACGGGCCACGGAGAUUGUCUGAUUUCCAUUGCUUGUAAUUUGCAUUGCCCCUGGUUAAGACGGAAGGGAAUGCUUGAUUAGUCGAUGAGAGCCGAUACUUUCAUUGUCACUUGUCGAGUUCGUGUCCGUAGCGCCAAUCCUGGAGGCGUUUCCUGCUAAGCUUUACUUGGAUGGUUUGAUCUGCACUCAUGCUGUGAGUUGUCUUGAUAAGCUGAAUCAGAUUUAUCUUUGUUUUGGAAUACCUUGCUUUUGGUCGAAUAGUUGGGUGUUAGUAAGCACCAGUACUUCUGCUAAAGUGAAACGGACUGCUUGCAAAAGCAUUUGCAGCUGCAAGCCUGUGGGGUGAAUCAAUUGAUAAGGGGCACACAACAUACCCUUUUGCUACAGAUUUUUGGGAACGGGCUCAGAAAAUGAUUCUGUGCUCGGCUGUUGCAGGUUUAGUGUCAACAUUUCUAUUACUUUUUCUUUGGAUGAUUCCUAAGCACACGUUGAUUUUGAAGGGAGGAAGUUGUUACAGAACAUCAAUAAAGUGAUGAGGAUUGGAACUAUAAAUGGAUUGCGGUGCAAGCAGCUUAAACUUGUCAUUCUUGCUUUCUUCAUGUUGUUUCUUCUUUGGAAAUGGGAGCGAGUCACAUACUACCAUACUGAAAUCCUCCAACCAGAUUCAUUGGUUUUGACUCAUCCAGCUAACUCAAAGUUUGUAGAUCAGCAUACAUCCUCUGAAGAAGACUUUCCAAGUACAGAUCCAUUGCCACAGUCAGUAGUUAAAGUAGAAAAGCAAGUUACUAGUGCACCACCACCAUUGUCUACCAUAGGCUAUUCUGUUGAUGUUUCUGAUGACAAAGAAGAACCACGCUCUGAGAAAAAAGAAUGUAACUACAGGAAUGGGAAGUGGGUUUCUGACAACCGCAGACCAUUAUACUCUGGUUUUGGUUGUAAACAAUGGCUUUCAGAGAGCUGGGCUUGCAGAUUAACCCAGCGCACAGAUUUUGCUUAUGAAAAAUUUAGAUGGCAGCCUGAAGCUUGUGAGAUGCCAGAGUUUGAGGCUUCUAAGUUCUUGAGGAGAAUGCAGGAUAAAACCAUUGCUUAUGUGGGCGAUUCUUUAGGGAGGCAGAUGUUUCAAUCAAUGAUGUGUAUGGUCACUGGUGGAAAGGAGAGGCCAGAUGUGGAAGAUGUCGGUGCAGAAUAUGGCUUUGUGUUGGCACGAGGUGCAAAAAGACCAGAUGGCUGGGCCUAUCGGUUCCUGAGCACUAAUACAACCAUUUUAUACCAUUGGUCGUCAACACUCUGUGAUUUGGAGCCUCUGAAUCCAUCAGAUCCAAGAACAAGUUACGCUAUGCACCUUGACCGUCCACCUGCUUUUGUGAAGAAUAACCUUCACAGAUUCCAUGUUGUGGUUCUUAACACUGGCCACCACUGGAACCGAGGGAAGCUAAGGGCGAAUAAGUGGGAGAUGUAUCUUGGUGGGGCACCAAACAACAACAGGAACACUGCUGUCAUCUGGAAGGCUAAAAAUUUCACUAUCCACAGUGUUGUCAAUUGGUUGGAUGCCCAACUUCCUCAGCACCCCCAGCUGAAGGUGUUCUAUAGAUCAAUAUCGCCUCGGCACUUUUUCAAUGGGGAAUGGAACACUGGCGGGCGCUGUGACAAUACAAAUCCUCUGGCUAAGGGAAGUGGCGUUCACUUGAACCAUUCUGAAGACGCUGAUGCUGAGGGUGCGGUGAGGGGAACCGGAAUCAUGCUACUGGAUGUCACUGCCCUGUCGCGUUUGAGGGAUGAAGGGCAUAUAUCAGGGUAUAGUAUCAAAGCCACGCAAGGGGUCCAAGAUUGUUUGCACUGGUGCCUUCCUGGUGUACCGGAUACGUGGAAUGAGAUCCUUGCAGCCCAAUUAUAGCCUGUAGUCAAAUGAGAGAAGAGCUGGUGGCAGAACAAGUUAGUUCAACCUUACAUACGGCGAUUAUGUUACUUUGUUAGCCUUUACUGCAGAGGUGUUAUGCUGCUGAGAGGAAAAACUAAGCAGCAUUAGAUUCUUUCGGAAGGUUGCUUUCUUGUAGCUAUAUAAGCUUCUUUUUGUUGUGUGACAUGUUGUAUUUUAUUUGCUGUGUAUGUUCAUUGUUGUUUGGAUUGACUGUAAUCACCAAGAAAUUCGUUGUUGAUCUA